AUGGAUAAAGGGAUCUAUCCAACAUUUUUCCUUCUGGCGGCUCGACGGCGAAAGAAAAGCACAACGGCCAACUAUCUUAUAUCAACCGACGCUACUGACUUGAAAAGGGAAGGAACAGCGUUCGUUGGGAAAGUCGACACGCCUCGGAACGAUGUUCACCUUAUAACGAUUUGGUGGAGGCGAACCCGAGAAAUCGAACCAUUAAAGCGGAUGUUCGACAGGAGCUCGCUGCUGUCAUAUAUGUAUGUCAACGUUGAUGAUGAAGUGUUGAUAAAAAUCUGGAUCAAUAGAAGAACAACAGUAAUCCCCAAAAAAUACCCUUCAGACACAAAUGUACUGGGAUUCAAAGGUCCCAGAAAAAUGCACAUAUUGAUCCCUGGUAUCUACGAUGUCAAUACCUACGAGCGCAAGUCUAUUCGUCCCAGUGGCGGUAACGACGCCAAGGACACAUUGUUGGAGCGGUACCGGCAGAGACGAACGGAUGACAUAAUAGUAAUGCAGAACAAGAGUCCCGUGUGGAACGAAGAUUCACAGUCAUAUGUGCUCAAUUUCCACGGCCGCGUCACUCAAGCGUCAGUGAAGAAUUUCCAGAUUAUCCACGAUCAUGAUCCCGACUACAUUGUGAUGCAGUUUGGUCGGAUAUCAGACGAAUGUUUCUCGAUGGAUUUUCGCUAUCCACUGAGUGCUCUCCAGGCGUUCGGAAUCGCCAUGACAAGCUUUCAUGGUAAACUCGCGUGCGAGUGA